UGCUUGUUUUGCGAAUGAUUGAUCAUUGAAGUUUGAAUGUAAUUUUUUGUGUUUGCUAGAGAUUUCUAUUUGUCUGCGAGUUUCAAUCAAUAGUGCUGAUAUAACUGCCAAGAACAACUAUCAAAUAUCAUCAUAAAAUUUAAAAUUCUGACUCGUAAAUUCCCGCGGAAUACUCAAGAAAUCCACAAUAAAAUAUAUAAACAAUGUCACUAUUCGGCUCCUUGAUGGGAGAUGUGGAAGAUGACCCCUUUUUCGGGCCACACAUGAGGCACAUGCAGCAAAUGAACAAUUUCAUGAGCUCCAUGUUCUCAGAUCCCUUCGGAAUGCUGAAUGAUGGACCCUUGGCUAUCGGAGGCCCCCGACAUGGAGGUGCACUCAUGCCCUUUAUGCCUCAAAUGCCCAUAAACAGAUUGUUCUCAGCAGAUAUGACCAACGGCCCGCUCUCGUCCGGAAGUUCAUUCAGCAGCAGCACUGUGGUGAUGUCUAGUGGACCAAAUGGCACCCCUCAGGUGUACAGUUCAACAAGUAGAACUAAAAUUGGACCAAAUGGUGUGAAGGAGACACAGAAAACACUACAGGACUCCAGGACAGGUGUCAAGAAGAUGUCUAUUGGGCACCACAUCGGCGAGCGCGCGCACGUGAUCGAGCGCGAACAGAACGUGUACUCGGGUGAUGCGGAGGAGCGCCAGGAGUUCAUCAACCUUGAUGAAGACGAAGCUGAGGACUUCGACAGGGAGUUCCAACAGCGAGCUGGCAUGCACACCUCUAGCUCAUCGCGUCGCGCGUUGCUCCCCGCCCGCGCCUCCCCCGCGCCGCGCCUCGCGCUCCCCGCGCCCCCCGCGCCCCCCGUCGCCGAGCCCGCCAGGCCCAGCGAGAGAGUGGCGCGACACCGGCCGAGCGCGCGACGACCUCUCCGCUCUGCGCUCACUGACAGCUCUGGGGUUCGCGAAGUGUACGGAGGCGCUCACCCCCAAAGGCAGAAGCCCCGUCAUCGCUCUCAUCGCACCCACUGAUCUCCUACACUAUAGCUCCGUGACUACUAGACUACUCAUCGGCUCCUAGACUACUCAUCGGCUCUUAGACUACUCAUCGGCUCCUAGACUACAAACUGAGAAUCAUAGACUACUCACUAGCUCCUAGUCCCUAGUCUACUCUGCGGCUCCUAGACUACUUUGUGGCUCCUAGACUAUAGCAAGAUUGCAGUGAGCAUUACCCAUUUUCUUUUAUUGUGUAAGUUUGGGUUAUGGCUAAUCAUGCUUUCUCUUUCAUACAAUAUACGAUGAAUGAAAGAGAAUGCACGAUUAACUUGAACCCAGACUAACGCAAGUAGACCUUAGAUAACCUCGGAAUGUUACAAUGAAUUAAAUUACCUCCUGACGUAUUCACAAUUUUCGUUUGACUCGAUUAGAAAAUUUACUCUUCUGUUAUUGGUCAACAUUGACUUGUGACAAAAUGUUGACCAAUCAUAGCGCAGAAUAAUUUAUUGCUGUAUCUAAGUUAUCUUAGUGUAUAAUACGGAUUGUUUGUUUACCAUUCUAUGAUUUUGCAAAGACGGAAUGUAUUUUGCGCGUACAAAAAGAUAUUUCGACUUGUUUGGACAAAACCUUUUAGUACUAAAAUAUUGAAAGUGUUUAAGCGUAUAGCGUUGAUUUGACGUUUGUCUAGGAUACUUUUUCUCGAUAGUGUUUUUUUGUGGUAUAGUAAAUCUUAGGUUCCUUGUCCUACCUAUAAGCUAGAAAACACUCGCAACAAUAAGUGAUCUAACAAUAAUAUGACUUUGGGCUGUGCCCGUACGGAAAACAAUAAAAGAAAUCUCAUAGUAGAUGUAUUGUAAUAGGAAAGAUUUUCAACUGGCUUUGACAUAUUCUGUUGCGACUUGCGAUGCAUAAAAAGUUCGUGAUCUACAAAUUAAAAUUCAUAUUAUGUGAUAUGAUAAAAAAAUCUACGAACGUAUCUUUUCUACUUACUAAGAUAAACAGAAUGUUUGAAAAUUGUUAUCUCUCUUCUGUUUCUCCAUUUUUGCGUUUUUUAACUUUUUUCUUGGACAAAAUAUCUAUUUAUUUGUAAGAUAUCUUUUCGUUUCUAUUUAUUUCGGUAUAUUUAAUAAUCUUUAUAUACUUAGUCCCUUACUAAUUAUAUUUACACAACAAAUAAAAGGUAUGCUUGCAUCUGUGUGACAUUUUGAAAACGUCACGGACAAACUUCUGAUGUCACGGGUCACCUGAUGGAAAACGAUGGUAGUUGUUUUCCAUCAGGUUGCU